AAUUCUGAGCUGGGGCACUUUACCAUGAGGCUGCAAAUGAAACAGAUGUGCUUGCUGUGAAUUUCUGUAGCAUCUGGACUUUUUGUACCAAAGGUGAUAACUCUUUCCUUCCUGCAAUUUUUUUUUCCUUUUUUUUUUUUUUGCACAUAUUUUCCGUAAAGGGAAUGAAAUGGAGAAGUUGAAGAAAUAUGUGUCAGAGAAAGUUGAAGAUCAGUUGUAUCAUCAGGGAGCUGUGGAGUUGCUAGUCUUUAACUUUCUGCUCAUUCUUACAAUAUUAACAAUUUGGUUGUUUAAAAACCAUCGUUUCCGCUUUCUGCAUGAAACUGGAGGAGCUAUGCUUUACGGCCUUGUAAUGGGAUUAAUUAUACGAUAUGCAACAAAAGCAUCAGAUGUUGAAAGUGGAACUGUUUAUGAAUGUGAAAAGCUGAAAUCUGGGCCAUCCACUCUACUUAUUAAUGUAACUAAUCAGGUCUAUGAAUAUCAGUACAAAAGAGAGAUCAGCCACCACAACGUCAAUGGUCACCAGGGCAAUGCAAUGCUUCAAAAGAUGACAUUUGAUCCUUCCAUCUUCUUCAAUAUUUUGCUGCCACCCAUAAUAUUUCAUGCUGGAUAUAGUUUAAAGAAGAGACAUUUUUUUCGUAACUUAGGAUCAAUUUUAACCUAUGCCUUUCUGGGAACUGCCGUCUCCUGCAUUGUCAUAGG